AGGGCAAAUGAUUUAGAUUUAAGUUAGAAGACUUCACAUGUGUUGAGGCGGCUGUGUUCUUUCCCUCCCCUCAAGGCUCGAACAAACUGACAGACAUUUUCACAAUCAUAUAUGAGCAUAACUCAGCUCAUCGAUUUCAGAAACCAACGAAGAAAGGAAACAAAGUCUCCUUUGGUUAUAAAUCUUUUUCACUCUUCCUGUCAAAUCAAAAUCUCACUGCACUCGUUUUUCUUUCUCCAAACUCUUUUUAUGUGUUUUUUAUUAUAUAAACCCCAAAGGGUGACUCAACUUUUUCUUGUUCUGGAUUCUGAUGCUGAAACAUUGUUCUUUGUUUAUGCCCCUUUAUUUUGUGACCAAAUCUGUUACAUGGGUCGGUUUCGAUUCUUGAUUUCCUGUUGAAUUGUGGAGAGGAUCAGUGAAAGAUGCGGAGGCGGGCUGCCGACUAUCGGCGCCCGGUUCGAAGGAGGCUUUCUGUUUGGAUCUGGGUUCUUCUUUGCUUGUUUUUGUUUGUGGGAUUGGUUUUGUUUGUUCUUCACCAUAAUCAUCAUGAAGAUCGGGUUGACAAGAUAGUGCAGGAAAAAAGUUCAAGAACAGAGAAGGUUGCCCUUGAGGGUUUAAAUUUUACCGAAGAAAUAUUGAUUGCUACCUCAUUUCCUCGGCAAUUAGCAGAUCAAAUAACACUUGCCAAGGCCUAUGUUAUCAUCGCCAAAGAGCACAAUAACCUUCACCUUGCUUGGGAGCUCAGCAAGAAGAUAAGAAGUUCCCAGCUUUUGCUUUCCAAAGCUGCCAUGAGAGGAGAGCCUAUCACACUAGACGAAGCAGAGCCAAUACUUACUAGCUUAUCAGCCCUCAUCUUUAAAGCGCAAGAUGUCCAUUAUGACAUUGCAACUACAAUAAUGACAAUGAGAUCUUAUAUUCAAGCCCUUGAAGAGCGGGCAAAUGCAAUAACAGUUCAGAGUACAUUGUUUGGGCAAUUGGUGGCUGAAUCAGUACCGAAGAGCCUCCACUGCCUAAAAGUCAAGCUCACAGUUGAUUGGCAUAAAAGCAUGCCCCUCCAAGAUCUUGCUGUUGAGAGUAGGAACUCUGUGCGACUUGUGGACAAUAAUCUCUAUCAUUUUUGUAUUUUUUCAGAUAAUGUGCUGGCUACAUCUGUAGUUAUCAAUUCUACUGUCAUCAAUGCUGAUCAUCCGACACAGAUAGUGUUCCACAUUGUCACCAAUGGAGUCUCCUAUGGAGCUAUGCAGGCUUGGCUCCUCAGUAAUGACUUCAAAGGAUCAACUAUAGAAGUGCAAAAUGUAGAAGAAUUCUCAUGGUUGAACACUUCAUAUGCUCCCAUUGUGAAACAACUCUUUGAUAAUGAAUCACGGGCCUAUUAUUUUGGUGAGUACCAAGAGACAAUGGUUGAGCCAAAAUUGCAGAAUCCAAAGCACAUUUCUUUGCUAAAUCACCUUCGCUUUUACAUUCCCGAAAUCUAUCCUCAGCUUGAAAAAAUAGUUUUUCUCGAUGAUGAUGUUGUUGUUCAGAAGGAUCUGACACCACUCUUCUCAUUGGAUUUACAUGGAAAUGUGAAUGGUGCAGUAGAAACUUGUCUUGAGGGAUAUCAUCGUUAUUACAAGUAUCUCAAUUUCUCAAAUCCAAUAAUUGGCUCAAAGUUUGACCCUCAUGCAUGUGGAUGGGCUUUUGGUAUGAACAUUUUUGAUCUGAUUGCCUGGAGGAAAGCAAAUGUGACUGCACGGUAUCAUUACUGGCAGGAGCAGAAUGUUGAUCGGACACUGUGGAAGCUGGGAACUCUUCCUCCUGCUCUUCUAGCCUUUUAUGGACUCACAGAACCACUUGAUAGGAGAUGGCAUGUUUUAGGAUUGGGUUAUGAUAUGAACAUCGACAAUCGUCUUAUUGAGAGUGCAGCUGUUAUUCACUUCAAUGGGAACAUGAAGCCAUGGCUGAAAUUGGCCAUUAGCAGGUAUAAGCCUCUUUGGGAAAAGUAUAUAAAUCAAAGCCACCCAUAUGUUGAUGAUUGUGUCACAAGUUAAAUUAUGCUAGUUCUUGAUCAUCAGUAAUCUAUGUGAUCUUCAAUGUUUUACACCCUCAACCAGUGAUCGCAUCGAUGUAGAGUCAGAUGUAGAAAUUUUUGACUUAGUAGCUUUUUCAUUCUUUUUUUAACCAUACUAGUGAAAGAAAACAAAUGUAGUAGGCGAAGAGUUCUGGGGGAUUCAUUUUUGGCUGAUGGGUUUUUUUCUUUUUUCCUUUUGCUAGCUGUAGAAUUAUUUGUUCUUUAGCAAUUCUUGAAAUAAAUUCUCUGCUCUUUCAGAUUA